AUGGCUCUGACUGUGACGAACGACCUGCAAGCCCCCAUCGAGGUGAAGGAUGGGGAGGAGUGGACUGUCGUGUAUCCCGGGCUUUCUUGCGAUGUGGGAGUGGGAGCGUCGGAUGAGUCGGAUGGAGCGGUGGUUUUGGAGGUGCGAUUGAUUGAAAGUCCGGAGGUGAGGGGCAGCUGCCAGGCAGCGGCAGGCCAAGGGCUGCGGGCCUCCCUGGAUUUCGAGGCUUUCAGCCGAGAGGCCAAGGGCCGGGACCGAUCCGAGGCCCGGGAGUUGAGCCGUGAAGGAAAGCGACGCGAGGAGGCCCAGGCACGGACGGAGGCGAUGAUCCGGCAGGCCACCACCGAGAAGCGGAAUGCAGACGCAUGGCCGAGUGCCCGAGGAAUUCUGAUUUUAGUUGGGCCUCCCUUGGCUCUCCUGGUCCUUUUUGCAGCCAUCUCGCCCGAGAGUGCCGUUGCGGCCGUGCUGCUGGCCAGCGCCACGGUGCCUCUGUGCUGUUGCCUCUGUAUCCUAACCGUUUCCUUUGGUGCUGGCGAAAGGGGCAAAGACGAGUUCAAUGACUGUAAGUUUGGAAAGUACGUGGAUUUUGUGCGAGUUGGCGUGAAGGUGGCAGGGCUUCUUGCGCUGGUGACUCUGGCAGUGCUGACAAUUCAACACGCCCUGUCAGGGUUCUGGUGGACGGCAGCCAUCGUCUGGCCUGUACCCUUAGGUGCCGGCCUAUGUCUUGGUGUCGUGUUGGUAAUGUUCAAUCGGAGAGACUUGGACCAUGAUCAGAAAGAACAGCGAGAACGAGAGCACAGGGAAGCCCAUGGCGAAGUGAGAAACCGGAGCAUCCGCUUCGAAGGGAGCGUCAUCCGCGAACGCGGGCGGCCCUGCGUGGCGAGCUGGCCGGGGAAGUACGAGGGAGCCUGGGAGUCGUUGGUGUCUCAGGGCCGGAACGGCCAGGUGAGUGCAGCGGUGGUGUUUCUUCCCCAGGGCACGCGCGACCACGGCAAGCACGACAGCAUCCCGAAGAGGGAAGACUUGCCGGGCACCUGCUGGUGCACACCACUCUACGGCGAGCCAAAGUCUUGGGGCUGCAGGUGGUUUACGAAGUGGAGGGAGAACAUCGAGAAGGCGGUGCAGUCUGGAGCAGAGCUGGAGGUGUACUACUUCCAACCAGGUCGGCAAAGGCAAGGUGGAGAGCUUCGAAUCUGCAGGCAAAGAGAACCUGCAGAGGGAGAAGUUGAACAAGAAGCAAGAAGACGUCGAGGCGUCACUUCAGUUCAAGCAGCUGCUGGACGCAGGUCUCGGCAACCUCUCCCGGGAGCCCCGUGGCGAUGGAUCCUCCCAGUACAGCCGAGAAGCCCGGCGUGUGUUCCUCGCUUCCCUCUUUGA